GGGGUUUACGAUUAUGAUUUUCAUUAUAGGUGAAUGGGGGUUUACAGCCGGAGCCCUCCCUGUGCGGAAUCCCUUUACCGAGUAAUCCACGCGUGGGGGCCGCACCGUAAUCCCCUGCUGCGGCAGGGGCGGGGGCUGCGCGGCGGGGGGCCGACCCCGGGCGGGCCGGGAAGCGGGCGGUGUCCACCGCGCCCCAAGGGACGGAGAGCGACCCGGCCCCCCCCACCCGGCCACUGGUGUCCCCGCGGCCGCGCCACCCCUUUUGCCCUGUCUCAGGAGCGGUCUCCGUGCGGCCCCUGCCGAAAACCACCCCUCGGCGCGGCGGUCCGACGGCACCUGUGGGCACCUGUGGGUACCACCGGGGGCCGUCCCGCUUCCGAGGGCUGAGAUCCGCUUCACCGAGCGUGUCCCUGCCCCGAUGCGGAGCACCCCACGCGAGGCGGGGCGCGGCGGGGCGGGGCGGGGGAGGAUGCGGGAUCCCGGUGCCCGAGGGAGGCUGCCAUUGCCUGCAUGGGGGCGCGGAGGAGAAGGAAUCCUUUUUGACGUCAAGUGACCAUAAUAUAAUGAUCGCUCGUUCAUAUCCGGGUCCCCAGGAGGCUCCCCCGGGCCGCGCUCGGCCCCGCGCCGCCGCGCAGUGAGGCGGAGGCGGGCAGGGCAGGGCAGGGCAGGGCGGCCGCCCGGAGGUGGCCGGCGGCGGCGGGGAGGCGAGCGCAGCAUGCCCGCCGCCUCAGACGCGCCAGCCUCCUGCCGCCGCUGCCCAUGGAGAUCGCGCUGGUGACUUUGGAGAACGGCGGCGCCACGGCCAUCGCGGGCAGCGAGGAUGCCGCGGCCGGCAGCAGCAGCGGCGGCGGCAGCGCUCGGGCCCGGUGGCGGGGCGACUUGCUCCACAUCGCCGGCUCCGCCGCCGCCGCGCCGCGGCUGAGCGACGGCAAGGAGGGCACCCCGCUACCGCCGCCGCUGCCGGCGGACGAGGAGCGGGAGCGGCCCCCGCCGGUCCCCCAGAGAGGCGGCGGGAGGCGCCGCAGCGGCAGCGCGGGCAGCCCCAGCGGCGGGGCGGCAGCGCACGGAGCCCCCCUGCCGCCCCAACCGCCGCCGCGCGCCCCGCGCCCCGGUGCGGGGGUGGAGAUGGGACCCCCGGAGGAAGGGGGACACCGGCGGGGCAUGGCCAUGGCGGCGGCCAGCGAGGAGGAGGAGGAGGCGGCGGCGACGGCAGCGGCCAACCGGGGCGCCAUGCACCACCAGCGGGUGCUGAUCAACAUCUCGGGGCUGCGCUUCGAGACCCAGCUGGGCACCCUCAACCAGUUCCCCGACACUCUGCUGGGUGACCCGGAUAAGCGUAUGCGGUACUUCGACCCGCUCCGCAAUGAGUACUUCUUCGACCGCAACCGGCCCAGCUUCGAUGGGAUCCUUUACUUCUACCAGUCAGGGGGCAAGCUCCGCCGGCCUGUCAAUGUCUCCAUUGAUGUCUUCGCCGAUGAGAUCCGCUUCUACCAGCUGGGUGAGGAGGCCAUGGAGCGCUUCCGGGAGGACGAGGGCUUCAUCAAAGAGGAAGAGAAGCCCCUGCCCCGCAACGAGUUUCAACGCCAGGUCUGGCUCAUCUUUGAGUACCCUGAGAGCUCCAGCUCAGCCCGGGCCAUUGCCAUCGUCUCUGUGCUGGUCAUCCUUAUCUCCAUUAUCACUUUCUGCUUGGAGACCCUACCAGAAUUCAGGGAUGAGAGGGAGAUGCCUGUGCCUCUUCCUCCACAAAGUGGAGGUUUGAAUGGCACAACCGGGGACUCCCCAGCCAUGCAGCCACCCAGUAGCCUCACUGACCCCUUCUUCAUCAUUGAGACUACCUGUGUGAUCUGGUUCACCUUUGAGCUCCUUGUCCGCUUCUUUGCCUGUCCCAGCAAGCCUGAGUUCUCCCGCAACAUCAUGAACAUCAUUGACAUCGUGGCCAUCAUCCCCUACUUCAUCACCCUGGGCACUGAGUUGGCCCAUGAGCAGCAGCAGCCUGGGGCUGGUGGUAGCAAUGGGGGUGGGGGACAGCAGCAAGCCAUGUCCCUGGCCAUCCUCAGAGUCAUCCGCCUGGUCAGAGUCUUCAGGAUCUUCAAGCUUUCGAGGCACUCCAAGGGGCUACAGAUCUUGGGACAGACGUUGAAAGCCAGUAUGAGAGAGCUGGGCCUCCUCAUCUUCUUCCUCUUUAUUGGGGUGAUCCUCUUCUCCAGUGCUGUCUACUUCGCUGAGGCCGAUGACCCUGAGUCUCAUUUCUCCAGCAUCCCUGAUGCUUUCUGGUGGGCAGUGGUAACCAUGACCACUGUGGGCUAUGGGGAUAUGCGACCUGUCACUGUGGGUGGCAAGAUUGUGGGUUCCUUGUGUGCCAUCGCAGGUGUGCUCACCAUUGCCCUGCCUGUCCCUGUCAUUGUAUCCAACUUCAACUACUUCUACCACCGAGAGACUGAUCAUGAAGAGCAACCUAUUCUCAAAGAUGAACACAGUAGUGCUCAGGGCAGCACAGCAGGGGGAGAUGUAAAGAGAAGAUUAAGUAGAAACUCUUUGAACAAAUCUGUUGUGCACUUGGAAAACAGUGAGGGGUUCAACAAUGGCACCAGUUCCUUAGAGAAAACCAAUAUCAAAGCUAAAAGUAACGUAGAUCUCAGAAAAUCCCUCUAUGCUCUCUGUCUGGACACCAAUAGGGAAACAGACCUGUAAGGAGAAGACAGAGUUAGAGUUCAGGGAUGCAGAAGGAUUUGCUGGUGUCAGAAACUUGCUACUAUAACUGCUCUUUUUGGUACCAGUUAGUUUUUUAAAUUAGGCUAUAUUUUAUAAAUUGAUCACUGUCCUGAGCAGUCCUCCAGGAAUACAUGUUUUUAUGUUCUUUUUCCAUGACACAAAGGGUCACCUAUUUUUAAAAUAGACUAAGAAUAAGCUACGCUCCAUGAUGCAGGAGCUGGUAAAUUAUGACAGUGCAAAAUGUAAUUUGUAGAAACUUAUUUUAGCAAAUGGUUGUUCGUUUUAAAUGAGUCAUUUGUAACCAAUUCAGUUGCUCCAAGUUUAGUAUUAAAGAGUUGGGGGAUGAGUGUGUGGAGAAUGAAUGGAUUGGGGGGGAGGGAGGUUGAAGUUUUUUGUACUGUAGUUUCAAACUGAAAUUAUUCCAACAUAUUUUAUACCUGUAUAACUGUAUUUAUGGUCAAAAGGGAAUUUCUUAUUCCUGGGAAAUACGACAUCAUUAAAGCACUAGGAACAUUAGCAGAUCAGCACUUUCAGAGUUUUCCACUUGUGAUCAGUACAGAUGUCGUUAUCUAGUAUGUGAAGUGAAUUUGGUGCUUUUAACCCUGUAGCAGAAAACUUCUAUUGUCAUCAAUAUGUUAGUUUCUUGUGAGCCUUAAAUUAUUAAAUAAUGUAGAUAUACUUCUUUAUAAAUAAUUUUAUUAAUUACCUUACUGUUUCAGAAUUUCUAAAUGAUUCAGUCCUAUGCUUGCUGUCCCCAGUCAAAAAAUGUAUGUGCAGCUUUUUUUUUUUUUUUUUUUUUUUGGUAGUUUUACAGUUUUAUACCUUCAUUAUAGUUUUGAGACCAAAAGAAAAAAAUAUUGUCAGCUGUUACUGGUUCGAUCCAAGUGCACAACAGAUCAAAAGCGUUAGGGAAUGGACAGAUUAACAACAAAAUAGAAUAUGAGUGCAAUAUCUACAAAAUUGUUUUCAUUGUACACUCCAGAUUACUUUGACAUGUAUAUCAGUCACCUUUAUGUAUCCAUACCAUUUGUGUACACAGUUCACUGUUUUUAAUUAUCAUAGAUGGGAGACGGAUGGCACUUAGAGUCCAGCAUGGCAUGCCGUGCUACUUAAAUAACCAUUGCGUGGCUUAUAUCUUGGACUCAGAUGGAAAGCAUCACCUUUGAUCAAAAAACAUCCUUGUUUUUCUUUAUUUCCAAACAAAACCGUUUCAGUGCUGUGGAUUUUACAGUUAAGAUGUUGAAAGACAAGUGACACGUUCUCUUCAUCCUGAUAACACAGCACUGUACAGCUUACUAGUGAAGACUGACACAGAGUUGCAUCUUUAAAUCAAAGAGCUGUAUUACUGUUUUUCUUGCAAAGAACAUUUCUGUUUUCCCCUCAAACUUCUGUUUUAUUGCUGAGGGAUGUUUCAUGCCUUUACCACAUACAGUGGCACAGCAAGAGUAGCAGAGAAAGAAGUCUUGAUUGUCAACACUCAAGGUUUGUUUCUAACAAAUUUUCUUAUGCAACUAAGUAAAUAUUAAAUCAGGAUUAUAAUUUAUGCAAGUAUCUCAGGUAUAUGCAAUGUGAUACAUUUAAAUCAGCUUUGUAAAACAGCACUUUGACAUUCAUUCAGACACAAAUUACUUGUCUGUUACCAUGCUCUUUAAAGGUAAUGGCAAAUGCAUUAUAUUUUUCCUUCCUAUCCAGUGGAACAGGCAUGGUAAGUGCCAAGCAAGUAGUAUUUUUCAUGUUAGGUAUAAAGAACUGUCACAAAGCUCACCAUAAAACCCAGGGGUGAGGAGGAAGGAAAUUGAAUCUGAUAAUAGAGAACAGGAUCUUUCACAUUAAUUUUAAAUGUUGAUUUCUUGAUUGAUUUUCUUGUUUGUUUAGAUGGAGAAUUAUGCUGUAAUAUGCUGAGAAACUGUCUGCAACAAGACAAAGUGCCCAGUCCAGUGGCACUCCAGACUCGAGCAGAUCUGUUUGCCUUAGUGAGGGUUUUUGCAUCAAAGUGAAGUGCAGAAUUAGCCCUUUAGUGAGACUGAGUCUAAAAUGAAAGAAAGAAGUGGUGUAAUUGUCUGUUGCACAUGCUGAGAUCUAUCUAGAUCCUUAUUGGACUUAGAGUGAAGCUUUUUACUAAGGCAAAUAGUUUGAUUUACUUUCAGUGAUUACAUCCAUCUGACUUACCUGACAAUUCAGUGAGUCUUUCAGGAUCAAAUUUUGGUUCUGUCUUCCUCUACUACCCUCACCUUCCUGACGGCUUUUAUCUUCCAUAGUUUGCUCUUCCAUUUGCACAUUGUGCUGAAUUAGACUGUCAGCUUUGGGGGGGGGGGGGAUGGGGGGGCUGUGCGCAAUGUGUAUAUACAGUCCCUUGUUUAGCAGUGAAACCCGGCUUAUGGCCAGGACUUCUGUAUGCUAAUGGUAUGAAUUACAUAAUGGUAAUUGUUGCAAUUAGUGGAGUAACACUGGUGUAAAACUGAUGCAGGUGAAAGCAGAUCAGGGCUGUGGGGAGUGGGCUUAGCUGAUCUUAGAAGCCCAUUGCUGAUCAAAAGAGAAGCACUUGUCUUCCUCCUUCCUUCUCAGUUUUCUUCCUCCCAUUGUGUGCCCUUUUGUUGCAUAAACUGAAGUGGUUCUGUCCUUGUGCAAGUACAUGUACCAGUGCUGCCUUCUCUUCCAGGAGCUGCUUGAACUCACUAAUCUGGCAGAAAAUCCCAACACAGCAACAAAGUAGAUACUCCUCUGUCAGUUUGUGUGUUGGAAAGCAAGUGGGUGCCAGAGCCACUGUGAGGAAGGGAUGGGGAAGGUUGGUGGUGUGGGGAAGUGAGGAGACGGGGAAGAGUGGAAUCUUCACCCUUCAGUGGCAGUGAACUGUUAGGUUAUCACAACUGCAUGUUGAACCUCACUUUAUGUUUGCAGAAAUACCACAAGACUUGGUCUUGCAAGGUGCUAGGGGGCUUUAACUUCCCACUGGAGCCAGUCUGCAAAUCAGCUCUGGAUUCUAGCAUGUGUGUCCUGCUAUAGCUGAAAGUAGGAUUUGUCCCCAUCGAGCUCAAGCUCUGUGAGAGCAAAGUUCCCUGAUUGCUGCAAAGGGCUGUAUGCAAGUUUGUCAAAUAAUUCCUUGACCUUCAGUUUGAACAUGCUGCGUUUUCCAUAAUAAAACAACAGAACUUGCCAAUAAAAAGAAAACCAAUUAGUCUGAAAAUAUAGUUGAAAAUAUUGUUUGGCUUGGCUUUUUAACAAGCUUGUCAAGCACAGAUCAGGCAAACUCAACUUUGACACCUUCUUUACAUGGAUGUGUAAUUUCUAUUGUCUUACAGAGCAGUAAAGGAUUUGCUUUCUAAUGAGACAGGUUACUGCCAGGCACUAAUAUGUCCAGAAACAGGGUUAGAUGAAAAUUCAGCAAAGCACUUAUCAUGGGCUCAGCUUUAAGCACAUAUUUAAGUGAAGCAUCAUUCAGCAGGUAUUAUAGAUGUACAAGAUCUUUGCAGUCUAGAUCUUUGUGAUUGUUAAAGAUGAACUACAUACCCUGCUGAAACCACUGCACUUUGGUGCAGAUUUUUAGGUACAUAGCACAGUUUGUGAGCCUGAAAACCAGUGGUGCUGCAGGACACUGCAAUCAGAACAUGAGAUUCCUACUAUAGAAAGAGAGCUGGUUCCUGCUCAUCAGAACAGUCCUCUUGACACGAUCAGUUGCAAACUUGAAUACCGGGAUUGUCUGCAUGAAGAAUUGCAACUUCGGCUUGGAUGAGUGUAUAGUUGCACUUUUCAGCAGUGAGAACCUGCUUGUGGUGUAACCGAUUUCAGUGUUGAGAAGCUUCAUUGAGUUCAGCAGGCAGCAUGUAUCUGUGCCUGGGAUAAAAACAGUGCAGAAGCCUUGACGCAUGCCAAUGCAAAUUUCUGCCACAAAAGAAUAUGAGAGAACCAAAUCACUCAGGAAGCUCCUUUAAAUGUGAAUCAGGGAGAGAGUUUAGGCUGUGUAUGCCAUUUCUAGGCUCAUUACAAGAAUGAAAUCUGUCCAAAUCAUUAUUGAUUUUAUGUUAGCUGACCUGGAAUGAAAAGCCAGCUGAAUGAAAUCUCUUUGGAAUAUCAAAAGCCACAAGAUAUCAGAGCUUAAUGAAUAGCAAAUUAUUGCAAAUGUAAAAAAGAAAAAAGACAACAAACUCUUGUGACUAGGAACUACAUCACGGAAGAUUUCUCAUGCCACACAUGCCUAUAUGCCAUAGUUAUUAAUGGCUUGUCACUUUGUAUGAGACAGUAUGUACUGAAAUGCAUUACCCUUCCAUUCUUUCAUUUUGGGGAUGCUGAAGUGCAUAUUCUUUUUGAUCACCAGUAACGUAACUUUAGUUUGCUCAGCCUGUCCCCAAGGGGAGUCUAUGUUCCCAUUUUACUUUUCCAUCAUUCUAAAAAAAUGAUAAAACAGUAACUAGCAGUUAUAUAACAUCAUUCAUCUCCUAGCACUUUAUGAACAAUAGUACAAUCUUCUAUAUACAAACAUAGUAAAGCAAAGGCUGUGGAAGGGAAGACUGAGCCUUUUAAAGGGGAGAGGACUAGCAAAGGCACAGAAAUGAGUGGGUUUGGCUGGACUUGCAUAUCUAAAAAGUGAUUUUAUGGAGGGAGGGAAGGAAGGACAGAGAUUCACUCUGUGGACUUCUUUUUGGUCUCUUGCAUGGCUCUUGGUGGCUCUGCAGGCAAGGGCUGUGUGCCAGCAUCUGUGUACUGUGACCCAUCUGGUGGGGUCACUGAACGCCGAGGGAGAGUUAAUGCUGCUUUGAGCAGCACAAACAAAUCCCUCUUAUAUGUGUUUUUAUUUGGACUCUGUAAGAAGAAAACGGCACUUCUGCUGGCUGUUCCCUCGCCUCUUGUGCUGCAAACACCGCUAUUGUGGUAGUGGUGAUGGGCCCUCUUCAUUUGCGGUACACUGAGCAGUGCUCUGAAGUAUCUACCCUUCUUCACGCACUGCCAUUCACCUCUAAUUAGGUUACAAAGCAAAUAUCAGUGCACUUUCAGUCUCACAGAAGAUAUACAUGUACACAAAAAGCCUUACGCUUCUGAGAAGUAUCAUUGAAGCUAGUUCUGAGGUAAAACCGUUUAGCGAGAUGCAACAACGCCGCUUAGUCAUAGUGAGGAAUGUAGCUACCUGGCUGAGGCUUGUUCAGGUCAUUUGACAAGAUGUCAUGAUCAGUAGUGAAAUUUGGCAGGGGUCUGCAAGCAGAUUGCUGCCAUGCUAAGGGAAUAAUAAAAAGAGGGCUUUAAAGACCUACUCAAGACUUUGGCCUGGCUACUUGGCCAUUGAUGGGAUCGGUACAGUACAGUAGUCAGUGUACUGGAGAGACCCCACUAAUAGUGAGGUUGAUCCUGUUCAGGACAGUGGGGCAGCAAGGGAUCUGUGAGAUAAAGCUUUAACAUCAUCUGCCUGCCUUUGGUGCAGUUUCAAGUAAUCUCCCUCUGUAAGCUAACUUCUUAAGUUACAAAAAUAUAAAAAAAAAUGAAAUAAAAAAGUUAUUUACAAAAAGUUCACCUAAAACCAGUCAAAAUCAUUGUUCCAAAAUCAUUUUGUGAAGGCUUACAUAAUAUUCAGCACCACAAAAUAUUUUAGAACAUGGCAUUUAGUGUAUUUUAGUGUAUUUGUAGCCUUUGUAAGUUGUGGGUUUGGUUUGUUGUUUGUUUGGUUUUGGUUAUUUUUCACUUUCUUGCUGUAUGCAUUAAUUGCUCCCCAGUUCUCCUUGUCAGCUUGUUAAAUUUCUGUUGCUCUUGCCUUAAUUUGGGACCUAAGGCUGCUGAUACUCUUCAGUGAACCUGGGUCAUGCUGUCUGAUGUCAGCAUGUCAACUCACAGUAUGAACAAGCACAGAAAUUCUCCAGUAGCUACCUGUGGGUCCGUUGACCAGAACAACCUCCAUAUUUGUAUGAUGAAACAUGGUGAAACAUGUGGGUAUGGUAUCAUUAAGAUCAUAUUAAUUAAAAAGCUUUAUGUUAAUUGGAAUAAGAAAAAAGUAAAGCUCAUAGCAAUAUGGCUAAAUAAUUUCUUGGAAUUAGAAGCUGUAAAGAUAAAUAUCAACUUGUUUAAAGAACAGCAUUCAUACACAAUUAGCAUAUAUAUUGAAGUGAUUUCUCACUUCUGUAAUCUAGUAAUGUAGUGUUCUUAUUUGGUAUUUUUUGAUUCCCAGGUAUCUGUAGUGUAUUUUUGCCAGGGCUGAAAAAGACAGAACCAGAGACAGUCCCAGAGCUAUUGUGAAACAGUGUCUGGAAGACGGCUUGUUUACAUGGAAGCAUGUUUUUUCUUUUAUUAGUAAUACCAACUGAUGACAUGAACCCCCUUUUUUCUCUUCAUAAGUACUGCAAGUAAACAUAUUUGUAUAGUUAGCAUUGCUGUGUUGAAAUCACCUAAGGAUGGAACACAGUAGCUACAGCUCCAGAUUCUCACCACAGUAUCAGCACUAAUUUUGUUUUGUUCCCCACUGCUGUAAAGGCGUGGGACUUGAUUCCAUGCUUGUACGAGGCUUUGUGCCACUUUCCAUUGAAUUUACAGCUCAGCUGCCCUCUGCAAGGUAAUUACAUGGUUUUGCCAAUGUGAUGGAUCUGACUCAGCUAAGAGUUUGCUAUUCCGCACCCUAAAAUCCCACUUUGGUGGACAAUGAACAGGUUGUCCAACUUACGACUAGCAUUACAUUGCCAGCUUUGGGGCUUUCUUUAAGAACUUUGUGCUAGGGACAGAUACCUGAAUUUUUUCUUGUUGAUGUCUGGGUGAAUCCAAAACAGUGCUGUUAAAUCCAGUGGCUCUGUCUGCAAUCUUGUUUCCGUUGUUCUGAAAGAGAUGCAACAUCCUUUGUUUUCAGUGGAUUUCUCCUUAUUUGACUUGCUGUGAUGUGAAAAUGAGGUUACCCUUUCCGAUGGAAUGAUGUUACUUUGAAUUUUCAGUGAAUUUACCUGAUUUCAGAAAUACCUGUCUAGUAGUCAAAUCCAUAACCUUCUUAGCUGGCAACAAAGUGUUUCCAUUAGAGCACGGGCUUCCCAGCAUACAUAGGCUAUACGAUUACUGCAGCAUUAAUAAUUUUCCAGAUAGAAUUUAGAAUUUACCAAAGUUAAUCUGCAAAUUCUGCAUUAGUAAUUCACUCAUGUUCACUGUCACCAGAAGGAUGUUUUCAAAUAAAUCAGUGCAGGUUGUAGGUUGUAACACUUUUCUGACAUGCAGAAGACCAAAAAAAAAAAAAAAGAAAAAAGAAAUGUAUAUCUCAUUUCUGUGUUUCAGUGUGCUGUGGAGAUGGUCAUUUGUGAUCUUGUGGGAAACAGCUUUACAUAGCUGAAGAUAAUUUUUUUUUCUAGCAUUCUGUGUUGUUUUUUCCUCUGUAAUUUAUGUCACCCAUUGCAGUCCUUCUCACAUGAGUAAUGACUUAGAUUCGGGGUUCCCUGGUCUUCACUGAUAUUAUCUGAGAAGAUGUAGAUCCAAGAUGAAGAAUUGUUUCUGAAAAUAGGAGUGAUUUGCAUUUUUGUCUUCUCUUCCAACUCUAGUUAUUUUGUUCUUGGAUAACCCUGGCUCUUGCCCUUUGGAUUAGUACCUCGUUGUUCACUUUCUCCUUUUGCUUUUAUCACACAAUAUAUGCGACAGUGGUAGCAGUCAUUUCUGCAAAGCAGUAAGUGGCAGAGCUGUCCUGCUGCUGCAUGUAGUAGAUGUGAAUAGUGCUGGGCAUUCCAGAGCUGCCUCUCUUCAGUUUCAGAGAAGCCACCUUGGAUGGAAAUCCAUAAAAUUCCCCUCUCAGCACAGCAGUAAUUCUACCCUUCUCCAGUUUUCUUACAAAGUCAGUUUGGAGAUAAAUAUUCUUGAAAUAUACAGUCUCUUCUGUCAGAUCACAUCUCCAACCCAGACUAGGCAGUGGUGGUUUCUGUGUGGUCUGUUUCCUGUAGGUGAGGAGUACAAUGAAACCUUGCAGCUCCUCUCAUGAGAAAUCAGUUGCAUGAUAAAUUCUCAUAUUCAGGGUUUCAGUUUGUAUGAAGAUACUGGAGGAAGUGGUGCAAUUUGAAUAUACUAGGUUGGCAGCAUAGCUAUCUAAGGCUCUGCAGUAUGUAUAGGGAUCAGAGAUUGGUAACAUUAAAAUUCCUUCUUUGGUGUGGUUGCACUUCAAUCGUGAUGUCCUAGCACUUCGUAAAAAACUCAGAAAUCCAUGCUAGGGUUUUCUUCGCUCCCUUCAGAGUUAGUAGAGAUUAGCUACAUUUGACAAUACUUAAUUCUUUCAAGGAAGUUCAACAAAUUUAAAACUUCUUUCACCUCCUCUUCCUCUCUCUAGUCCCUGUUAAACUCUAAGUAGAAAUGCAUGUGAUUGGAGGUGUGUGUGGGGGUGCCGACAGAUGAAAAUUAUUUGAAUUAUUUAAGCAGUGUAGUCUUAUAAUUUUUUUCUGUCUUGUUUAAACUGAUUUGAAAAUCUGAGGGGGUGUAAUUGAGGAAAGGCUUUAAUGUGAAUUUGCAGAGCAGAUUUUAUAAGUUACUUAGUUCAGAAAACACUAUAAUUUUCAAGGCAGUACUCCAUAAGAGGCUUACUUAAAGACAAGAAAGGUUAAUGUGAAAAUACAUGUUGUUGUUAUUAUUUUGGUAUUAUGCAAUUAACUCUAGGAAUGUUUCAAUUAGGAAAUAUAAUCUUUAAUGUGCUAAGAAAUUCUGGCCAUGCAAGACAACUGAUGUGAAGAAACAAUCUGUCUAGAGGGUGACAAAGAUUGCCCUGGGAAGGAAUACCCUCUAGAUAAAGCUUAGCCACUGUGCUUUGAAGGAGCCAAAUAAGAAGCAAAGGGAAGACCAGGAGUCUGUACCUGAGAUAUCAGGACAUUUGCCUAGGAAAGGCAUGGUGGCUCCCAGUGUUGUUUCAGCUACUGGGCAAAAUACCUACACAAUAUCUCAAUAUCUCUCAGGAUCAUGUUUUAAAAGUCUGUUCAGUGCUUUGAAAGAAAGGAUAGGCGUAUCUGUCUUUAAGAGAGUGUGCUGAAGUGUGGAUCUACUGGCACCUUCCUGCAGGCCUCGUGGAGUAAGUCACAGUAAAUAGCAAAAUUUCAGUCAGGUUCCAAUAACCUACUUUUCACACAGAGUAUCUCUAAAUGACCCAUUUUUUGGGUUAGGAUGCUAACUUCAGUGACUCUGCUGUCAGUAUGUUGACUAUUUAGAGAUGCCCCAAACUUCUCUGUAGGUAAAAACUCUGUAGCCAAGGUAUUUCAAUCUGGAGAGAAAGAGUUCUUGCCAUUCUGGAUUGAAACCAUCUUAAGCAGGUCCUGGAAGAAUACCAGGGUAUGUAAGAAGGAUCUCAGUGAUGCGUACUGAUAGCAGAGCAGAGACUGAGGAGCAUAGAAUUUUGAAGCAUGAGAGAGCAAUCCCUCCGGAAGACCUGGAAACACUGUGCAUUUCAAAAUGGAAUUUGCAGUGCUUCUUUCUAGUGAAAAAUGAUGUAGGUUCUGUUCUUAAUAAGGAGCUUGAUAUUGACUGCAUCUGUAUUAGAAAAUGAAAUGUGCCCAGGACCAUUCUCUGGUACUGAGGCCAAUUGGCAUGCAACAGCCUGGGUUCAUACUGUUAGACUCUUCCUCCAGAACAAGGUGGCUGGAGGCAGACUGCCUAAUGGGCUGAGUUCCUGGCCUCUGCUGAUUCCCAGAUUGUGCCUAGGAAGUAUUUGGGAGAGAGCUCUGUGGUACAGAUUUACAAGUGUGACCAGAAGCCUUCAACAGGAUAGCUGAUUGUGAUUAAUUGCCUGGGAACGUUCCCUCAAAGUGCUUAGCUGACAAGGGUAGACAUUGCUCAGUUCACACUUAGGGCUGAGAAGUGUGACUUGCUUUGAUGCUAUAUGGCAUCUUGCCCUCAGGCAAUUUCUUGGAGUAUCUGAAAAGCUUUACACAUUUCCCUGACUGGUACUUUCUUACCUUAAACAAUAAUCAGUAUCUAUUCAUUGAGCACAAUUAUUUCUGCAGAAAUAUGUUCUCAUCUAAUUCUGCUUCCACCUGAGCUCAUGUAUAUGCAACCAUACUAAGAGUCACUACACAAACCCCUGACUUUUCUAAGUGCAAAUGGAGGAGCACAAGCGAAUCUGACAGUGAGAGCAGUUGCUUGGUUUUAAACUGACUGAUUUUCCUGUUUGCACAACCGUAGUGUAGGCUAUACCUUGUGUUUCAGUCACUGCAUCUUGUAAUUCUGCUUAGAAACUGGUAUAUGGUUGAGGCCCUGGUGGCCAAGAGCAUCCUCUGUUCUUGCUAUCUGUCAGGCUUCACUAGAAAAUAACUGGAAAUUAAAAACCAAAUCAAACAAACAAACAAGGAAAUGAGUGGGGAGACACUCCUAACUGUAUGCAAAGAAGUUCAGGUAGGAUGAGACCUGCAGAGAUCUCACUGAAGCCAGCCUCAUUCCAAAAGAGGUAGUCAACCUCUUGUAAAUUAUUUUAUGCAGAUGUUUGCCUGGCCUGUACCUGACAUGGACAAGGCCCUUCUGGGGUUAAGAGUUCUUCCCUUUGCAUAUAUGCUAAAAGCAUAAUUUGGUCCUAAAGUAGUUGCGACCUGAAAGGGGAAUCACUAGAAGUCAAAACAAAUCUGUACUUUCUGAACAUUGUUGGCUUCCAAAUGGCUUUUACAUUUCUAAAUCCAUUGAGAUAUCCUCAGAAAAAGGUGCAUGCAAGUAGGGACUCAUCUGAAAGUAUGACCAGGCUUCCCUUACAAAAUACUGUGAUCUUGGAUGUAACACUGGAAGCAAAACUAUUCCAGGUGUGUGUAACUGUAUUACUGCUUCUAGUGCUGUAGAACCAUGGACCACCCAGCAUGGGCAGGAAGUGGAUCACCACUAGAAUUCUUCUGUAAAUUCAAGGUGAAUUUAUAUGCCAGCUCUGGUGUGAUCCCCAGGGACUAGAACAUGAGUUCAGAUAGACUGAGAAGAGUGCAUGUCUAGAAGUAAACUUCCACUUGAAAUAUUUUCUGACACUAUAUUUGCAGCUCAGUUGCAAUAAUAUUAGAUAUUAAUGCUGCCAACCACCCCAAAAAGUGGGUGAGAAGCAAGUCCCUCUGAAGAGACCACUAGGGACAAAUGAACCUAUCAGUGGCUUUCAAUUUUUACUUUUUUUAUACGGAAGCAUCCCAUAUGAUCUUCCAGUGAACACAGUCCUUCUCCUAUUGGCUCUGUUUUCUCCUUUGUCUCACUCCUCUGACAGAGGUUGUCAUCCUUCAAUAGGAGUGGCAGGAUAUGACUUCUGAUUACUGAAGGCCUGUUUGAUAAUGGAAAAUGUUCUGGACAAUAGAACUUGAUGGCUGAGGAAUUUCUGCUAUGGAGGUAGCUUCUUCCAGCAGAUGAACGGGCAAGUAGCUUAAUGUGGCUGUCAAGUCUUAGGGGUCUUUAGCAAAGACCACCUGAACUUGGGGUCUGGAAUGCUGAGGUCCACCACUUGGAAAGUCUGAUGAAACCUUUUACAUCAGGUUAUCAGUCUUUAAAGACUUUUUCAAAAGUGAGGUUAAAAGUUAUGUCUGUCAUAUAUAUGUAUUAUUCAGUAAUUUAGAGGCAGCAUACAUACUUAAAAUGGACAUGUAAAAAGCAUUUAGAUUUGCAAGAAUGCAAAAGGAUAAUUCAAGAGCCAGACACAUCUUGGACAUAAAAGAACAAAAUCAUAAUUGGAGGCAGUAAGGGGAGGGGGUCCUUCUAUUAAUUUUCCCUACAGAGAGAAGUCGUAAAGUCGUUACUGCAGCAUUCACGGACAGUGAAAUAUGUAUAGAAAAUAUUUCAGGAGCACAUCCUGCUCUGUGUUUACUCUGUAAUUAUGGAUUAGUCGUACUGAAGUCAACUUUUGUUCCAUUCCAAGAAUCCUACUCAGAUAGACUUGAGGGCAGCAGCAUAUCCUUUCUUUUCCUUGAGUCUUGACAGACCAAAUUAAAUAGUGAUCUCUCUUACAGUGAUAGCAUGCUGACAGCAUGUGCUGUGGGGAGAAGAGAGUGUGGAAACAAUAUUUCUUAUUGCCUGAACUCAGCUUGCAAAAUGGUAGCGUAGCAUGUCUUGUUUAUCUAUACUAUUUUCUCAGUCAAAGCAGGUGAUGCUGGGAAGGUGUGUGAAGGGCCCAAAUUUGGAAGAGAAAAUAAUUGGAGACCGAUGACUGGAACAAAAUGCUCAAGCCAAAGUGCUUCCUCCCUGGAGAAGCACUCCCACAGUCAGAUGUAGUGUUGUUUAGCCCUCUGGUUUUAAUUCUAGGACUGCAAAGAAAGCAUGGCACUUAAGGCCCUGCCUGGGAAUUUUUGUCUGCUGUUGGGUAACGAACCUAAACAUACAGGAAUCAGGCCUGAAUAAGAAUCUUACGUACCAUCCACUUCUCAUCAGUGAAACCCAUACUGUUCCCUCAUCUGAUUUUCUAAUUGAAUUGUCAUGGGUGUGAAAUCACACUGCAAAAUUUCCUCUGGUUAUUUGCACAGAGCUCAGAGGCAGGAGCCAAUGUAACAUACUUUGAAUUUGUUUUCCUUUUUAGAAGGGGCUUGCAUUUUAAGGUUUUUCUGGUUUUGUUUUUGUUUUUUGGGGGGGGCUAAUGUACAUGUGAUGUCAGGCUUCCCAGAUGAGAAUGGUUGGACUGGCGUUGACAUUUUUAGAAAUGUGUGCGAAUGGAAAAAUAUCCUGGGAGUGCUGCCAACCGCUGAUUCUGUAAAGCUUUAGUCUCUCUUGAAUAGGAAACAUGAGCCAGGUACCUUUACUAAAAAGAAGACUUACUCAUGAAGUGUCUCUACUCAGGUGUGUGCAACCCAUGCCUUCUUAAUUUAAGGAAAGGGCAGGAAUGAAUUCCACCAGGCUGUGACUCCUUCAGGCAAUAUUCAAUUCCUCUUUCUGACCAGACAAAAACCAGACAAUUAGCAUCUUUCCCAAAGGGAGGAACAAAUACAACAAAAUAUCUUGGCAAAAAAUGGAUUUUGCAAGGUUUAACUGUGAGGGUAACAAAACAAAGUGGUUCAGACAAAUCUCUUGCCUGAUCCAUGGCUGUUCCUUCCAGUUUGGUGCUGACGUGACUGAGACAAAAUAGGGUAGAGCUGAUCUGAUUUGCAGUGAAUCAAGCCUGCAGCUUUCCAUUUCACAGCGAGAUUGUGGAAUUUGGAGGCUAAGUGCAGCUGAUUAAUGGUGCUAUGAAUGUCAAUAAUUUUUAUAGGCUUUGUAGUAUGCGCAUUUUAACUGCCUCAUCAGAGCAAAUGUCUUGUUAACAGAUAGAAGGCUUUCAUACAGUGCAGGUCAAGUACUGCUCUUCCUUGAAGAGAAGCAGACCAUGCUAAGUGAACAGGGAGUUAAACCAGUGCAGGACAUUGUACAGGGGUUAAACCAGUGCAGGACAUGCUCUACGAGUGCAAUAUCUGUGCUCGUUGGGAACAGAUUGGCCAUGUCUAUAUCCAGGGCUACAGCCAGCUCCUGCUGAGUUGCUGGCUCUGUUGAAUUUGGAUCUCAGUAGGAGCCUGGAGCCAGGAGCUGGUGCUUUUCACUGAGGCAAAACAGUGCUCAGUGAGUGGCAGGGCCUUGCAGCUCCAGCUGAGCUCAGUGCUGAGCCCAGUAUGCCUCUGGGAGAAGUAGAAUCUGCUGAAUUGCCCCAUGGGUCAGUGCUCAAUAGGAGCAGCAGCUCUCCCUGUGCUUCAAUAGGCAUAUUGCAUGCAGCUGUCCCUCUGUGGUCCCCUGAUGAAUGGCAAAAUGCUUGAUUACAGCAUGGUCUUGCAUGCCAUCAUUCUCUCAACACUAUCUCUCUUUUGCAGAAUCAGCAGUCUCUCAUAGAAUCAUUAUAAUGGAAUCAUUUUGGUUGGAAAAGACUUUUAAGAUCAUUGAGUCCAAUGGUUAACCUAGCACUGCCAAAUCCACCACUAAACCGUGUCCAUAAGAACCUCAUCUACAUAUCUUUUAAACAUCUCUAGGGAUGAUGACUCAACCACUUCCCUGGGCAGCCUCUUCCAGUGCCUGACAACCCUUUUAGUGAAGAAAUUUUUCCUGAUAUCCAAUCUAAACCUUCUCACUUCUCAUCAUCACCUCUCUUCUGUUUUCCUUACUCUCAUGUGUUGACAAGGCCAAGUGGAUGGGGCUGUGCCUGGUGCUGGAUACACCAACCCAUGUGCUAUGAAGUGCAUAUUCUGGCCUUGGCUGGGCUCCCUAGACUGGUUUAUUUUCUGAAUGGCUCCCUACACAGGGACACUGUGGCUUAGUGGUGGUCUUAGCACGAGGUUUACAUACAGUUGUUUUCACACAUCAUUUGCUGGUGGGAUUGUAACUGCUGCGUGGAGCACCACAGAAAUAGAUUAUACCAGCUUACAGAAAACAGUAUGUUGAACUCAACUGGAUUCACUCUGAUUCAUCUGGAGGAGGGUUUUGUGGUUUCCAAAGGAAACAAAGGUUUUUUAGUCGCUCUUUUGUUUAUCAGUAACUUUUGCUUGUUGGCUGUUUUCAAGCAAAUUUGGCAAAAGGACAUGAGCCUUCAAGAAAAUAUUUUUUUUACAGCUUCUGUAAAGGUAGCUGACUGCAUGGGAGAAGGAAAGAACUGAAUUAAUACUACUUCUCUUAGGGAAAACUGUGGCAUGAGGUCUCCUAAAUUGUUUAUCAAAACAGGAAAGAGAUGGUGAAUGAAAUGCACCAUCAACCAGGGUAUGUUCACAGAUGACUUCUCUGAAGUGUAGCAAAAAUUGAUUAGAUGGGAUUUACAGAAUAACAGUGAGAAACAGUGUUGUGCUUAGAAAUAAGGUGAAUAGUGGCUUGCAUAUUGAGACAGUUCCUUCCUUCUAGCAGUACUUUCAGAACAUUUUUCAGGCUUCUAACUUGUUCUAAAGUCUGUAGUAAUUGGAGAGCGGGGCAGGGAGAGAGACCCCUCUUGAUUUCAGAGACUUUGAGGUCAGGUUUGUCAUGGUCCAUCUCAUGCCAUCCUGGUGUUUUACAAGUUGAGGAAACAAAAUCUUGAAAUUAAAGCUCAUGCCCUUUCCCGCUGCAUUGCAGUGGUGAGCUUGGAGGAGCAGGAGGAAGGGAUGGAAGAGUUUACAAGAAGACUGAACCUUUACUUUCAGACUUUAAGUAGUCUGAGUUUAAGUAGAUUGUCUUGCAUGCCCCUUAGCAUCCCUGCACAGCAGCUAUACUAGCUGCAGCUCCUUUGCUUCUCUGGAGCUGAGUAAUAGCUCAUUCUAUUCACUUUUCUAAGCAUAAAGCACUCUGCAAAGAGUUGGUUGAUUCUUUGCUACUCACUAACCAACUAUCUGUGCCUAUAAUACUCACCAGUGGCAUUUGCUAUAGGACUUUCUGGCCUGAUUUGAGAAUGGGCAGGAAGAAAAGCAAAGCAAAGCACGUUACUAUGCUGUGUUUAAGACCCGACCUGAAAAACAUAACUGAGCUCUAAACAACUUUCCCAGGAUCACACAGUGCUGGGGUGCAGAAGAGACGGCACAUUUCCUGAUGGGGAGGCUAGUACUUUAAUUAUAAGGACAUGCAGUCACACUUUUUGCCCACAUUUUGCAGUCAAGCUAAAACGAAGCUGUAAGGUACAACUAGCCAAAAUAGCCAUCAGUUUACUGCUCUCUAGUGAGAUAGCUAUUACCUGCACUUUUCUGUGUUAUCUGCAAACAUGUUUGUUGCUCUGAUCACUAGUCUUCACCCUUCUGGUCUAGCCAAUGCAAUCUGUUUUAUUUAGAUUCUUAUACUGUGUUCAUUACUGAUGCUGUGGAUGAGGCCCUUCAAAUGAUGCCAUAAGAAAUGUGGCUAACAGUCCUUGUGUGUUGGUUCUCUCAGCCUCUCCUCAUGACAGCUGUAAGCAGUGAAGCAGCUGUGAUUUUCUUGUUUGUUUGUGUUUGUUUUUGUUUUAUUUUGUUUGUGUUUUUGUUGUUGAUGUUUGUUUGUGUUUGUUUGCUUGUUUGUUUUAAUAUAGAUACAUAUGUACCAGCAAUUACUGAUUUCUGAGAAGAAAGUACACCUUGGAGUUUGUUCUUUAUCAUCCAGAUUUUGGCUCUUUCCUGAAGGAAGUGUUAUUUCCUGGUCCCUUACGGUAGGAAGUUUGGUUGUGCUUGAAGAAGAAAUUCACUUGCUGUUACUAUCAACUUGGAGCUCUUAGCUGAUUUUUUUAAUACCUUGAGGCAAGGUUCUUUUUCCUCAGGGUUGAAUUCUAGGGGCAGUUCUGUCAAGGAUCUGAAUGCAGAAGUUGAAUGCACCAUUAGUAAGUUUGCUGAUGAGACCAAUCUGGGAGGUGCUGUUGACUCUCUUGAGGGACAAGAGGCCUUGCAGAGGAAUCCAGAUAGAUUGGAGCCUUGGGAAAUGAUCAGUGGGAUUGAAUGUAACAAGUCAAAAUGCUGGAUUCUGCACAUGGGACAGAAUAAUGCCAGACACAAGUAUAAAUUGGGAGAGGAACAGCUGGAGAGGAGCCUUGAAGAAAGGCACCUGAGGGUGCUGGUCAACAGCAUGCUCAAUAUGAGUCAGUGGUAUGUGCCCUGGCAGCCAAGAGGGCAAACAGCACCCUGGGGUGCAUCAAGCACAGCAUAACCAGCCUGUCAAAAGAGGCGAUUAUCCUGCUGUAUUCAGUGUUGAUGUGGCCUCACCUUGACCACUGCGUGCAGUUCUGGGCCCCACCAUUCAAAAGAGAUGCAAAGGUCUUUGAAUGCAUCCAGAAGAGGGCAACAAAGCUGGUGGAAGGGCUAGAAAUCAUGUCCUAUGAGGAGUGGACAAGGACUCCGGUUUGUCUAGAUUGGAGAAAAUGGGGCUGAAGGGUGACCUCAUGACUCUCUACGGCUUCCAGAGGAGGGAUGUGGAAAGGGGAGGUGCUGAGCUCUUCUUCUCGGUAUCCAGUGACAGGACAUGUGGGAAUGAUUCAAAGCUGUGCCAAGUGAGGUUCAGACUUGAAAUUAGGAAACAUUUCUUUACUGAGAGGGAGACUGGCUAAAGGGGUGGUCAAUGCCCCCAGCCUGUCAGUGUUUAAGAGGCAUUUGGACAAUGCCCUUAACAAAACGCUUUAGCUUUCAGUCAGCUCUGAAAGGCUCAGGCACAGAAUCACAGAAUCACAGAAUCACAGAAUCACAGAAUCACAGAAUCACAGAAUCACAGAAUGUUAGGGAUUAGAAGGGACCUUGAAAAAUCAUCUAGUCCAAUCCCCCUGCCGGAGCAGGAACACAUAGAUGAGGUUACACAGGAAUGUGUCCAGGUGGGUUUUGAAUGUCUCUAAAGAAGGAGACUCCACAACCUCCCUGGGCAGCCUGUUAUAGUGCUCCGUCACACUCACUGUGAAGAAGUUUCUUCUCACAUUUAAGUGGAACCUCCUGUGUUCCAGUUUGUACCCAUUGCCCCUUGUCUUAUCAUUGGUUGUCACCAAGGCAGUUGGACCAGAUGAUCACUGGUAGGUCCUUUCCAACCGAAAGUGUUAUAUUUUCUGUUUUUCUACUCUAUUUUCUAAAGUUAUGGAUCAUCCAGGAGGCAGGGCAGUUAAACUUGAUUGGUUCACAUACAGACUAAUCCGUGUAGGGAUUAGAAGGCAUUUUACCUGCUGCCAUUGUUAAGAAAGACUGCAGCAUUUUGACAUCAGUAUAAUGAUGGAUUUCUCAUGAAAUCUGUUCAAAAACACUGGGAGAUGCUCACCAGAUCAGACACUAGGUUUAUUUCUAAGUUUACACCAGGUGAAAAACAUAGUAUCUCUAACAAGCCAAAGGUGAACAGGAAGACCCCCACAUUUGAAAUCUGAUUUUUAUAUUAAUCUUAUGGCACUAUGAAGUCUGACUCAUGAUUGUUGAAUACUCAGUCUAUCCUGCUCUGUCAAAAGGCAGCCUUAUUUUGAAUGGUAAGAAAUGCUGUAGAAGAGCUGCAGAAGGUGGGCGGAGGUCCAAACAUCCUGGCCUUGUAGCUAGUGAGAACUUCCAUGUUCUAGACAAAUCUUCAGUAUAAGCCUUGUGCAUUAUUUGGUUUCCCUUCACAUUCUUUUACUGCUGCAAACUAAAUGUAACAGUCUGCUGCAAAACAAAUAGAACAUAAUAAUCUGCCAUUUUCUCUUGGCCAUUUUGAAAUAGUUUGCUAGAACAGCCAAAGAAUGGCAUGCAUGCAGUUUGCAAAAUCAUUUUGCAUGAAGAGAUUUCAAAAAGCUUCCUCAAAAGCUACCCACAAGUUAUUAACUCACAUUUGGGGACCAUCUGCCUGGUGGCUUUUCAAAAUAAUGCUAUAAGCACACAGGCUAAAAGCAAGGAAUAUCUUACAAAAGCGUAUUUUCCAGAAAGAAAAAGGCAAAUCCCCAAAUAGUUGAGCCUUACAAUUUUUUAUAACCCAUAGGUGAUAAAUCGUAAGGUAUUUGAGAACAGAAGUGUUAUCUGGGGCAUUGACACAGUAUAUGUAUGUUCUGAGAAUCCUCUUGCAGUUUCCGUUGCAGAAUUUUGAUGUAUUUUGGUGCAGCUGCAUUUGUUUGAGGAAAAUGCAUUGUAUGUAACAGGGAUAUUCCUAUGGCUCUUCAGGCUUUACAAUCAGGAAUUUACAGCAAUUUUCUUGGUGUAGAGAAAGACCAGAGUUGAAGAUAGGAUGUUUCUAAAGCUGUAAGGCUUCGUCUUCAUGGGAACACUUCAGAAGCCUAGCCUGAAUCAAAACAAACAAACAAACAUACAAACAAACAAAACCAACAAAACCCACUAGAUCUGAAGUGUGAUGACUUGAAAUGGAACAUAGCCCUCUGUAAAGAAUCAUGUUUUGAAUAAAGUAGGCCAGACUUAAGUGUAACUUAAUUCAUUUCAGAAUACUAAACCAGAUUUGAUCUUUAUUAUUUUAAAUGAGAAUGAAUGUGCAGGGACUAACUGCAAUAAAGACGUUUUUUCCAUAGGUAGAUAAUCCCCAUUUUAAAAUCUCAUCUGGGAAGUCAGGAAAUACACUGAAAGUCUUUGGAAAUCAGACAUGCCAUCUCUACAAUUUUCUAUACACAAUGAGCACAAUUCAACAAGAUGCUGAGCAAUAUUUUUUUAGGUGCUAAAUUCCUUUUGUCAUCAGAGGGUGUUGGAAGGCAAUUGUUCAUCACCCAUGAUGAAGUACAAAUAGCAUGGAGAAUGACCUGUGCUGCUCAAUAUGCAGAUAUAUCAUAGCUCGUAUCAAAUUUUGUGGGUAUUGAAUGAAGAGUAACUUAAUCUUAUAAGGUAUGAAAAAACUUUACCAUUUUUAGCUGCAAAACACGCUGAUGACUGGAACUUGGGCUGGAGAGAUGCCUGCUCCACCCUUAUUUGAUUCAAGUUGUGUUUGGACUCUGAAGGCCUUUUCUUCCACUGUAGAAUUGAAUGGAAAAAUUGCAACUGGCUUCAGCAGAUGUAGGAUCGAAUAGAACUGCUGCUGCUUUCAGUAAACUUUCCCACUGCUGGCUGGAAGGAGUAGCAUUCGGUCUGGGCUGUGUUCUGAACUAGUGAAAAAAUCACAGACAACACACUUUGAAAAAGGGUGGGAAUGAGGUAAUUAUUAUUCACGCUCAGAUCUGAGCCUAAAUUAUGAUUCGGUCUGUUUCUGUGCUCUCUAGAAAGGUAUCACGUGGCGUCAUAUAAGGCUGGGUGUCAUUGUCAGUAAGUAAUGCUUAACUUGGAAAAAACUGAGCUGCAGAAGGUCGAAGGAAUUUGAGGCAAAUGAGACUUUUGGACUUUCCUUAAGAAAACUUAUCUGAGGGGCUGUAAGUAAUGAACUGAUAUUUAAAGGCCUGAUGUAGCAUCAGAACAUGCCACACUAGUACAAAGUAUUUGAAAAGAGAUCUGGAAUAGCAGUCUAUUCCAUGUUUUUAUUUUUUGUAGUUUAUAAUUCUGGAUGAUCUGGAUAUUCCUAUAAGUGUCCUUUUGUGUUGAUCUAGUUGUUUCUGCAAAUUUUAGGAGGCCAAGCUAGGCUAUUGAGCACUUUAAAUUAAGAGGAACUGAUUAUUAUGAUGAUUAAGGACUCCUUUGGACACUGUGUGACCUAGCUUUUCUGAGCGCAAUAAUCCUAUUUCUGAGAUGUUCAAGUGUUGCAGUGAGAGUAAAACUGUGUGUCUUGUGUGUGUGGGACUCUGCUGAAACAUGUUUUAAUCUUUUGCUCUUUUUUGAUUGUGAAUGGCCUGGGUCUUUGUACAACUACCACAGCUGUUAGCGAGGCUGCCUUAUCAAUCUGUCCCACUAGUUUUUACAGCCUCUGUGAAGCUCAGAGAGACAACACUUCCUACGGGCUCUAGCAACACCUGUUGAAGUUAUAUGCUGUCAGAUUCAACAUCGCCUUGCCAGCCUGAAUUUCCCUUUGUAGACAGGCAGCUGGUAGAUGCAGAACCAGGAUCCUGACCUGAUACCACAUUAUGUUAAGGGAGUUUAGGACCAUUUCAGAGAACCCUGUGUUUUCCUGAUGGGAAUGUGCUCCUGGUAUACAUUCCUAGUUCACAAAGUCUGCCCUCACAGAACCUGUGUAGAAGCGGGAACAGAGGAAAAGUGAUGCCUCAGAAUGAUUGCUCUCAUAUCACUGAACAUAUCAGGGUGGAUCUAAUUAAACUGCAUGCAUGGAAAUGAAAGAGCUAAUCUAACCCUGACCAUGGCAGUCAAAGUGUGCAGCUUAGGCAAUUGCCAGUGUCUGUCUUAAAAACAAUAGUUCCAUUCCCGAGGCAGUUGAAGAUACUUGAUGUUAUGCCACUGACUUCACGGGGGUCAGAACUGAGCUCAGUUUUCUAUUUUAGGCAGAGCACAGUUCAAGGAGGGGAUACCGAUCUCUGUCAAUAACUUAAAACUGAGUUGUCACAGCAUCAACUACAUUCUUAGGAAAGUUUGUUAGACUUUUCAAUAUCAAUACUGGGUUUCAGAGGUAUAUUUGCUGAGUUACUCUUUUGAUAAAACUCUUUAAUAAGCAAGUCCAUUUGCUCUCCAUCUGGUGCUGAUCUCACUUAAAAUGCAGUGAGAUUGGCAAGUAAUUCAUUCAGAAGUACAAAAUUUGCAUAAAUCAGUUAAUACUGGGAAGGCCAAAUCUUACCUUUAGUUUCUUAACAAAACAAAUUAUGAUCCUUUCCUCUUAGGACAGAAACUCUUUGUAAGAUAGAGAAAUAUCUCACACGCCUGGUGCUGAAAUAUCAAGUAGUGAUGUUUGUUUUUUGCAGAUUCCUUUCCUGUUAAUUCUUGUUCCAAAUAUAGUACAGUCUUGAAACUGGUUAUGCUUGAUGUUCAAGGCAAAAUUAUUGCACUUUAAAGAUUCAGUUUUAUCUUUAAGACUUUAAUCUUGCAUCAGUAACUUUUAAGUGCUUUCGAGUGAUGCACCAAGCAAGGAACUAACAUCCUUCUUCGUUGUUUUCAGUGUCAGAUAUCAUGUAUAUCCAAUGGCGGGCCUCUAUUUGCCAUGAAGAUGCAGUUACAGGGGAUGCAAUCUACAGAUACUAAGCUGUGUGAUCAAUGCUAUCUGUAAAUUAUAGUGAUUACAUAUAUUUUAGAAUUUAGUUUACCUUUUAGGUCCCAACUCCUUUUUCUGAUUCACUAAAGGAAAAUCUUGGUAGUUUUAUUUUUUUCUAGAAUUUAAAAAUGUUGUUUAAAGUGAGUUUGGAAAAUCCACUAGCAGAUAAGGGUGAAACUUCCCAGGGACAAGAUUAAAAUGGGAUGAGUUCAGAAGAAAAAAUUACUUGUGUGGCUUUAUGACUUAACAGUGAUAAAAGACAUUUUUUCAGGUAAGGGUGUGAAUAUCCAAACUAGAAGGCUGUAUUGACACACACCAACAGUCAGAGAAUCAGAGCUUCACUGACCUUCUCAUUGAAUGAUCAGGAAGGGGAAUGGGGUUGGUCUUGAUGUCUCAGGCUAUCAGAGAUGAGUGAAACCUCCUGAAGGCUUGAAGCAGUGAGAAAAAAAUGUGGGCUGCUCUAUUUAACAGGCAGCUGACCAAAGUCUUGUACACUUCACAUUAUUGUUCACUGUGUACUGUAUUCCCCACCCAAUAAUUUCUGUUUCCCUUUCUCUAUAAACUCCAACUAUUUGAUUUUUUGUGUGAGAUGAAAAGAUGAUAGCACACUUCAUAGCGUGAGAGUCUCAGGUCUAUAAACAACAUUAGAUUCUCAGGUUCAAGUUCUUAAUCAGAAUGCUGCCAACCUGGGGUUUGAAAUGGCCCUUUAAAGUUCCAAGUGGAUAUCUGCUAAAGGGUUAGGUUUCUACUGUUGCACUUUUUUUUUUUCCUUACAAGCAAUCCCAUCCAGCACCUAACAUGUAUCAAAGAAUAGUGUAGGCCAAGCUGCCUUUGGUCUCCUGGCUGCUGCAUCUGGGAAUAUGGCAAGACACAGGAAUCCUCCCUUUUAAUUUCUCUUUUGUGAUCUUCUGCAGUAUGUUUGAUAGUGUUCAGUGAUAUCUUGUGAGGUCACAUUAAAUGAGACCAUUCUUUGCAUUGUUUCAGUUAGCAACAUGCCUGGGCUGGUCCAGAGAAAAAUUAUACAAUUACCAUCCAGGAUAUGUGAUCUUUCAGCCUACAGUACCCUUGUGGCCCAUGAGACAUGUACAAGCAGCUAUCAAAAAGAGAUGUUUCAAGACCAACCUGCUUGAGCUUGUAGGAACUGUGAUUCAUUGUCUGCUAGAGGUAGUAAAGAACCUCUCUCCCAUCGGACUGAGAAAGCCUUUCUCAGAGAAUUCUGAAUUGAAACAGGCAUGUUUCCAUGAAAAAUGUCACUUCUGAGGACCAAAUAUCCUCCAAAGAAAAUGUGUCACAUUGGUGAAGGGUUUAGAGGGGAAGCUGUAUGAGGAGCAGCUGAAGUCACUUGGUUUGUUCAGCCUGGAGAAGAGGAGACUGAGGGGGGACCUCAUCAUGGCUACAGCUUCCUCACAAGGGGAGGAGGAGAGGCAGGUGCUGAUCUCUUCUCUUUGGCAACCAAUGGCAGAACCCAAGUGAAUGACAGGAAGAUGUGCUGGGGAAGGUUUAGGUUGGACAUUAGGAAAAGUUUCUUCACCCAGAGGGUGGUGAAGCACUGCAACAGGCUCCCCUUGGAGGUGUCAUGGCCUCAAGCCUGACAGUGUUCAAGAAGCAACUGGACAACACCCUCAGACACAUGGUGUGAAUCUUGGGGUUGUCCUAUGAAGGGACAAGAGUUGGACUCAAUGAUCCUUGUGGGUCCCUUCCAACUCAGAACGUUUUAUUAUUUGCUCUGUUCCAUAUACCAGUUGACUACAAGUGAGCACAAUUAACUGCAUCUUCCUUUCCUUGUGUUUGGAGAACACAAGUGGGAGGAAGUAGGAGACAAGGAAGGAAGUGCAGAGACCCAACACCAAUCUCAUGUGAAUUUUUCAGGUGGUUUCCUGGCUAUUCUGAGCACUUGCUUUCCUGGCCUUUUGUGCCUCUCGGAUGAUAAGACAAAGCUGAGAAGUAAGAUAUUGUAAAAGUUCCACUGAAUUUGUACAGUCAGCUUGGAACAGCUGCAGACAAAUACAAAUUCAGGACAAGAGACAACAGCUCAGGACAAACAUUACUACAUUACUCUAAAAGACUGCUAAUAUGAGUCUGACAAGCAAAAACUUGUUGUUUAAGUCAGUAGUACCAAGGAGCAAGAAAGCUCACAGCUGCUCACAGCAGGACACUGCUGCUUUAACAAGAUUUUCUCUGGCUGCUCCAAUUCCCUUUAGCUUUAGCUUUUUUUUUUUUAUUUUUUCUUUAUUUUUUUGGUAAUCAUCUUUCAAACUACAGCAGCAUUUGUUGUCCUGAGGUGCUGACUCUGGUGGAAGAGAUUCUAGUGGAAGCUUCUACUGCAGUUUGCACAGGCCUCAUUUCAGGUCACUAAUCACAUCUUUCUCAGGCUCUCCUCAGGCUCUUGCAUUGCUUGUCCUCUAGCUGGAUGAAUUGUCUGAGAGAAAUGACGUGACUGGUGUGUUGAGGUCACAUUUCUAGAUUGAGGGUGGACUGGGGGAAGAUUCUGCCCUUUGGAUUCAGGGAAGACAUGACAUUUGAAUGUGGUGUGGAUAUGCAAGCCUUCACUCUUCCUUCUCUCUUGUGCACAUCUGCUGCCCUCCAGGCAGCCAGUUAUGUUGGGAAUGAACAAGAAGAAAAAGCAGACGAUGUGAUGGGUGACUUGAGCUGGCAUCUGGAUGCUGAGCAGCAAAGUUUCACUAUUGUACUAGGCCUCUUCACCAACAAAAGACUCAUGCACUAUUCUCGGAGUCACCAAGAGAAAUCCACAUGAAGGACUUGAGCUGAGGUGACAGGAUAGAGAGUUUGCCACAAGACAAAUUUGGAGAACAAAACAGUCACAGAAAUAAAACAUGCUUUAUAUUUCCAGUGUUACCUGUAUAACCAGAUUUGAUAGAACAGAAAAGCAGGAGGCCAGGGGAUUUAAAACAUGAGAUGAAGGGCUAGUUGAGAUCCUUUGGUGCACUUUUCUGUGAAAACUGGAUUAACACAAUGGAGCAUGAAUGAUCCUUCUGCUGACCUUGCUCUAGAACCAAGAUGACUCCUACCUACCUUCUCAGAGAAAAGGCAGAUUACUUUGGGUAGAUACACACUAUGGUCCCUGGAGAGCUCAUUGCUCCACUACCUGUGUAAGAGGAAUCUUGCUACUGAGUGGAAUUCUCAUCCCUGAGUUAGGAUGUUAUUCCCUUUCUGCCACAUAAAUGCCUUUCUUUUUUGGCAAGAUGUAGAUAUUCUUUGGACAAGACUUCUUUGACUUCUUCCAAUGAAGUUCAUUUUUUGAAGUGACAGGGCAAAAAAGGAGAAAACAUGACCUUCUAGCCUGACAUUUACUAGUUAUUUCCUGGUAAGAAUAUUUUUUUAAGUAUGAUAUGGUGUCCAAUUGCUGAUUCAAAUGGUAUUGAAGCACUCUCUCUAGCCUAGGGAAUAUUUGCUUGUUCAUAUAAAGACUGAACCCUCUGUGAUCUUGUCUACUGCCUGGUUAGAAAAUGCGCUCAGGAAGACGGAGAUAAAAGUUCAGAAACAGGCAGACAAAGGAAGGAAUUUAGAUUCUUGAGCAAGUGCUCUUAAAAUUAAACUAGGAGGUAAAAGAAAAUAAUUAUGCUUCCUUCAAUCACCCCUAUUUCUGGGUUGUAGUAGAGUUUAGGUUCCUCACCAGUGAACUCCAUGCUACUUUUGGAUUUAAACAGAGGCCAGAGUGCAGGCACUUGGGAAACGGAGUCCACUGAGUCCAGGAUUAUACAGCAGCAGACUGAACUGUGAUUUUGAUGUUCUACAUUUUGGAUCAUAGCAGCUAUGCAUGCAGUUAGUAAGAAUUUAAGCAUUUAAAUUCCUCUUGUAUAUCUGGCCUUUUCAUCCCAUAUCAGGUAACCUUGGUUUGGCUUCAUGGAGCAGAGAUUCUUGAUGGUUUGUCUAGUGUAGCAUUGAAGAUGAUAUCCCCGAGGUGAUAAAGUUAAUGAAGACAUGUGUAAGGAACAGCUCUUUUACUGAUGCUGAAUUUCAUUAGCCUGUCUCACAAGAGCCCUUUAUCACCUCGCAGAAUAAGUCCUGUAAUUUUUCUAAUGGCUGGUGCAGUGUCAGCUUUCCACGUGACUAUCUGUAACUUGAAGCACUUUCACCACUUUAUAAUCCAGCUAUGUCACCAAGGCUGUAAAAACAGGAAGAACUGCAACCCUCAGAAACAUUGAGGACAGUUUGCUAAAGCGGCUACAGUAGUCAGAGCAGUUGUGCGAUAAAUCAGUAAGUGAUGUUGUCUCUCUUUGUUUUUAAAAGUGACCUGGAGCUCAUGCAGUAGCACUAUUCUCCAGAUGGCUUUCCACAACAUCAUCUUCCGUAACACACCAGUGAGCCACGAGACUGAGACAGAAAUUCCUGUGUGGGGAGGGUGUGAGUCAUGAGAUGAAGUCUGACUCCUGCAGAUAAUGACCAUUAGGAAGACACUGCUGCAGAGACUGAAACCAAAUCCAUUCAUUCCUUGUUGUCAAGUCACCUUGGGUUAGAAGUUGCCAAAAAUUUUUUUCCUGGAUAAAUUACUAUGAUGACCCAAUCAAGCAUAUGUUCUCAGUGAAUUGGAUGUCUUCAUUCAAAUUGUUGAAAAUCUGUUCUGCUUGGAGAUUUCUCUCAUAGAGUAAUUGUUUAGCACCACAUAAGGAGUGUGCAGGGGUUCUAUAAAAGUUUAAAUGCUUUGAACUUACUCCCAGGCACAAGAAGACUUUACUACUUGAGAUUUUGUUUGGAAAUAAAUGAGUUCUUGUCAUAUAUUGGGUAUCUUCUGCUAUUGUUCUUACUUACCAAAAUUUGUCAUCAUUCUGGAAGAAGAUUCAAGUGUUUGUUCUUUUUCUAUUAUUGGCAUUCAUCUUUGUUUAUUUAUUUUGUAUUCUUGAGAUGUGUUGCAUCUCUGGAGUUCGUAUUUCUACUUUUAGCAUAAAAAAGCUGUACAUACAAGUCUAGAAUGCAUCUGAAGUUUAGUCUGUUUUUUCAUGUGACUUUGACUUGAACAUUUUUAUGUUUAUGUUUAUAUUGCUCUUUCAAAAAUGUGCAUUACCUGUAUUUUCUAUGCCUUUUUCCCAUCUAUAACUCAAUAAAAUUCUGCCCCCAUUC